GACCAGCCCUUAAAAUAAACCCUGCGCCACAGUGUUGAAGAAAUGACAGCACAGAGCUUGGGCUAAGCCCUGAACAUCUUCUGCUUUAUCACUCAACAAGAAGGAUAUAAAUUAAAAAUAUGUACAUGUAUUUUAUCCGACUUUUAAGCGACUGAAAAACAAGUGGAAGAACUCCUUUACUUUUGGGAGGGGAGGGUGUUGGUGCGUAACUGCACAUGCAGUUUAUAUAUAGCUGAGUGUAACUGGUUCCCAGCACCGUCCUAUCGAGUUACAUCUUCAGUCAGCCCCCAAACUGCAAGGAAUAGUUCUGUCUCUCUAGCCCUCCGUUCCUCCCUCUACUGCGCAGUGCAGUAACACAGCUCUGGGGGGGAAAGGUAGCCAGGAUCUUCACUUUGGGGAUUAAAAUAUCCACGACAACUUGCUGUUAAACUCGUGUGCUUGGAUUAGGGGAAAAAGGAAGGAGGAUUGCAAGCUUUGAUUACAGGACUUUGCUCUUUCAUUGUGUUGGGUUGAUCAUGGAUAUAAACUUGGUGGCUUUAGAGGCAAAACAGGCGCCGAAGAAAGCCAAUGGGCCAAAACGCCCCGUGAAGCCGGCCAAACCUGCCAAAAAGACUAAAAAAGCUGUUGUUUUCUUUGAGGUGGAGAUCUUGUGCGCCAAGACCAAGGACAAGCUAUGCUUCCUGGACAAGGUGGAUCCCAAUUCUACUAUCGGGGAGAUAAAGGCAAUGUUCCACAAGUCCCAUCCACAGUGGUAUCCAGCUCGGCAGUCCAUCAGACUCGAUGCCAAGGGCAAGUCCCUGAAGGAUGAAGAUAUCUUGCAGAACCUGCCUGUGGGCACCACUGCUACCCUGUACUUCAGGGACCUGGGGGCUCAGAUCAGCUGGGUCACGGUGUUCCUGACGGAGUAUGGGGGUCCUCUCCUGCUCUACCUGAUGUUCUACUUCAGAGUUCCCUUCAUCUACAACACUAAGUACGACUUCACAACCAGCAAGCACUGGGUUGUACACCUCGCCUGCAUGUGUCACAGCUUCCACUAUGUGAAGAGGCUGCUGGAGACGCUGUUUGUGCACAGAUUCUCUCAUGGCACCAUGCCUCUGAGAAACAUAUUCAAGAACUGUACAUACUACUGGGGGUUUUCAGCGUGGAUGGCGUACUAUAUCAAUCACCCACUCUACACACCACCAGCUUACGGAGAGCAGCAAGUGCAGUUGGCGCUCAUCAUCUUCCUGUUCUGCCAGAUCGGAAACUUCUCGAUUCACAUCGCACUGAGAAACCUUCGGCCACCAGGCUCCAAGGCCAGAAAGAUUCCUUACCCCACCAAGAAUCCCUUCACAUGGCUCUUCUUGCUGGUGUCCUGCCCUAAUUAUACCUAUGAGGUGGGCUCCUGGGUGGGCUUCACGCUGAUGACGCAGUGCCUGCCCGUGGCGUUCUUCACCCUGGUGGGCUUCAUUCAGAUGAUGAUCUGGGCCAAGGGGAAGCACCGCAGCUACCUGAAGGAGUUCCGAGACUACCCUCGCCUCCGUUCCCCCAUCCUGCCCUUCAUGCUGUGAGCAGAGACUGCAGGAGUGUAAUUCAUUACUAAGAAUCAUGAGGAUAACCAUUAUAAUGCAACUCGGACGCUUUCAAAGGAUUUUGUGGUGCCCCUGGUACACAUGCUUACAUACCUGUCGCACUCAAUAGAACUCUGCUCCUCCCUUGCAGCCUUGAUUGCAGCUCUACAGUUCAGUACGUUGAAAAUACCCUGCUCCAUAAUUAAUAUAAUCACAGAUGUCUAUGCUAUAGCCUUACAAGCUCAUUUUAAUGUAAAACAGAUAAUUGGUGAGGUAUUAGGAGAUGGUACUGUGCAAAUAACUAACUUUAUACUAGUCAUCCACCCUCCAGCCAGGACAUCAAUAUGGCAUGUGAUCACCAGUAAGUGGGAUUGAUUACACAUACUGCCGAUGAGUGAGUGUGCUUUUCUACACAUCCUUAAUAGACACAUCUCUGAAUACCCAUUCAUUGGAGUUGUGUACAUGGGUCUUUUCCCCCACAUCUCUUAAUAGUAGUAUCUUCUGUACCAUUUAAAAAGUGUAUUAUAGCCUGGAAUCUCUUACACAAUACAUCAGGCUGUCAUAAACUUUUUAUAAAAAAAAAAAAAAAACUUACACUGUUGCAAACCCAUGAAAUCAUGAUUGAUUACAAAUACACACAUUAUAUUGUAGUACCAAUAUUACUUCCUCUCGUCAGUGUCUUCUAAAGCAGAACCUUGCAGACUACUGCAUAUUGCUUUUAAACCUGCUGCUGGCUCACAGAAUUACUGACACAAUCCAAUGAGAUUCACUGGCUACUAGAGUACUUGACCAGAUAAUGUAGUUUUGUCCUGUGCUACUGCAUUACAUUACACACUGCUCCAGGCUAAUGUAUUGCAAUUUGGCACACUGGGAAACAGUCAAAUGGCACUGGAAAGGUUGAGGAGCUAAGAGGGGCACAGCACUGAAUGUAAUUCUGCUGUAUGUGUAUGUAUUUGUUUGAAAUAGACAUUUUCGUUCAUCAAUCAUAGCAACCUUUUUCAGUUUUCCAUCUUAUCAGGUCAAACCAGCAUAGGUUAUACCUAGUCCACACUUAUGUAUUCGUAUAUAUUUUGUCUUCAUUUUUUCCCCUCUGUCAGUAAACCAGAUCAUGUAACAUAGCUGUCACUGGAUGGCAAUCUGGCUCCCUCUAGUGUUGGGGAAUGGCACUAUAUGAGUUUGCCUUCAUUAGAUGGCAAAUCAGCUGAUGUAACCAGCAGUGAACAAGAUACUGAUCUGUAGAUUGGCAUUAGCCAAAACAUUUAUCUGCUAUUUAAAUUUAAUGUUUCCCUCUUAGAAUCAAUAUAUGAUGAUAAUAAGUAACCAGAUGCUAUUCAAAGUGCGUUUUCUGAGCCAUUAAUAGAUUUACCUCAAAUUAAUCAUCGGGGUGCAAUUGUUCAACACCACGCUUUCAGAAAUGUAGGCUGCAGUAAAAAAUAAAUAAUUGAACAGGCCACCACUAUCUGGAGGAGUUUAAUCAAUUUGAUUGUAUGAACCAUUUUAAAGUGUAGUAUUUUAAGACUAGUAUAAUCCUAAUUAACCCAAUCUCAAAUUGUAUUAAAGGUAUGCUAGUUUAAAAUGUCUUUUUAAUUGCUUUACCAUUCUACCAUACCUGUUAUGAGGUUCGCCAGCUGAAUAGUUCUGUUGCUCCCAAUAUUGACAUUCAUUCAUUCCUGUGUUCUCUGCAGCUGUCACUUGCUUAGAGAUCAAUACUGUUUUAACAGAUAUAACAGGACAGGUAUUCCUAACAAUUGGUAAACAUGCCUAAUCCAGGAGUGGCUGUAGAAAGUGAUUGGAAGAAUGGGAAUGUGGCACGCUGGGAGUGCUUUCCGUCCCCCGAACGAGGAAUGAAAUGGUAAUGGUACGGCUUUCAAUACUGCAGCCUGGAUAGAGGUCUAGGAAAGAUGGGUAUCCCAGACAAAACAUUUUGUGUUUCUUUUUCAGUACAAGACACUGAUGAUAUGUAGUUAUCUUAGGGCACAUCACAAUGGGAAAAUCUAAAUUGAUGCAGUAAACAGCAAAUGUCAACCAAUACAUAUUUCUUUUCUAUUAUAUUUAUUGCAUGAAUGUAUAUUUUUCCCAGUCUGGUGUGAUUUUUUUAAUGGAAUUACCCACUUUUUUAUUGAAAUCAUAAUGUAAAUGCUCUGAAUAUUUUAAAAAGCCAUUCUUUUAUUGUAGGAAUGAAAUCAGUUUUUUGUGAAUCAGGGGUGAUCUUGGCAUAUAUUGACACAUCACAACAUUGUGAUAUUUCAUAUUUCAUAUUUCAUCUGGAUAAAUCAAUCAUCUACUGAAAUGUAUCAUAAUAUAUAUAUUUGGUAUAUUUCAAAUACUCUAAAAUGUAAAAAUCAUGGAAAAAUGGUCAGGAAUAUGUGGAGUAUUCAAUUGGCAGAUCUAAAUAUAGUCACUGCUAAAAAGGCCUUUAGUGGGCCAAUGCUAUGAAAAUCAAGUGCUAACAGCUUUUAAAAAUGUCAAAUGCAAGGGUGCACUCUUUUUAAUGAUUUAAAUAAACACAAGGCUUAGAUCUACCACUGUUUAGACCAACAGAAGAAACUUAACUAUAAUCAAACACGGUAUAUAUGUAAUUUCCAUCAGGGUGAACAAAGUGUCAUUUAUAAUACAGUGCAGUAAACUGUUGAAUAACAGGUUAAGUCGUGGUGUUCUCUGCAAUGCUUAACAAGCUCUUGGUCUUAAAUUUGGAAAUAAAAUGUUAAAAAAAAAAAAAAAA